GCGCCUAUAGGCUUGUCACCGCAAGCACAUUCCUGUUAAUUGCAGUGCUCUGUCAGGAAGAGAGAGAGAGAGGGAGAGAGAGAGAGAGAAAAAACUUUGAUUUAUAGAGGGGGCUUGCUCAAAUUAUGGUUGCAGUGCGCACAUGGAUUCGGUAGAACUUUCCCUGCCCGAGUGUUUCUCCUUGCACUCUGAACAAGAGCUGCUCUGCAGAAUGUCAAGCAAGGACCGCCACACUGAGUCGAGUUGCCCCUCCUACAUCAAGACCGAGCCCUCCAGCCCCGCCUCUCUCGCCGACAGCAUUAACCACCACAGCCCCGGCGGCUCGUCGGAUGCCAGCGGCAGCUACAGCUCCACCAUGAACGGGCACCAGAACGGGCUGGACUCCCCCACGCUCUAUGGCCCGGCCGGCGGGCUGGGCCCCAACGGCGCCGCCUCCAAGCGCUACGAGGACUGCUCCAGCACCAUCGGCGAGGACUCGCAGAUCAAGUGCGAGUACAUGCUCAACUCCAUGCCCAAGCGCCUGUGCCUCGUCUGCGGCGACAUCGCCUCCGGCUACCACUACGGCGUGGCGUCCUGCGAAGCCUGCAAGGCCUUCUUCAAGAGGACCAUCCAAGGAAACAUCGAGUACAGCUGCCCAGCCACCAAUGAAUGUGAGAUCACCAAGCGCAGACGCAAGUCGUGCCAGGCCUGCCGGUUCAUGAAGUGUCUGACGGUGGGCAUGAUGAGAGAAGGUGUGCGACUCGACAGAGUGCGAGGAGGCAGACAGAAGUACAAGCGCCGGAUAGACGCUGAGAACAGCCCCUACCUGAACCCCCAGCUGGCCCUGCCCGCCAAAAAGCCAUUCCCCUUUGGCUGCCUUGCAGAUAACAAGAUUGUGUCGCACUUGCUGGUGGCAGAGCCAGAAAAGAUCUAUGCCAUGCCGGACCCCACCAUCCCCGACAGCGACAUCAAAGCCCUCACCACGCUCUGCGACCUCGCCGACCGCGAGCUCGUCGUCAACAUCGGCUGGGCCAAACACAUCCCGGGCUUCUCCACACUCUCUCUGGCAGACCAGAUGAGUCUACUGCAGAGCGCGUGGAUGGAGAUCCUAAUCCUCCGCGUGGUGUACCGCUCACUGUCCUUCGAGGACAAGCUGGUCUACGCCGAAGACUACAUCAUGGACGAAGACCAGUCCAAGCUGGCCGGCCUGCUGGACCUCAACAAUGCCAUCCUGCAGCUGGUAAAGAAAUACAAGAGCAUGAAGCUGGAGAAAGAAGAGUUUGUCACCCUCAAAGCUAUAGCGCUUGCUAAUUCAGACUCCAUGCACAUAGAGGACGUGGAGGCGGUGCAGAAGCUGCAGGAUGUGCUGCAUGAAGCCCUGCAGGACUACGAGGCGGGGCAGCACGCGGAGGACCCGCGCCGGGCGGGGAAGCUGCUCAUGACCCUGCCCCUCCUCCGGCAGACCUCCACCAAGGCCGUGCAGCACUUCUACAGCAUCAAGCAGGACGGCAAGGUGCCCAUGCACAAACUGUUUCUGGAGCUGCUAGAGGCCAAGGUCUGACUCCAGCCUCCCGGCCCCGCCCCCUUCCCCUUCUGGUCCCGCCCUCAGAAAGAGAGAGAGAGAGAAAUGGGAGGGUCACGCCCCUGACUCCACCCACUCCAGCUGGGAGACACUGACACAGUUUCACCACUAGGGGGACCUUGUCUUUAUAAACUGUAACAAAUUAUGGCGAGAGACUAGCCAGUAACAAUAACGGUGUUCGUAACUAUCAAUGACAGUA